UAGCCGUGAAGGGAGGAGCUUCUUCGCUGCAUGGUUGAUAUGUAGUAAAAUCACAUAUGGACGUUAGUCUGCUGCGAAUUCUACUCGUUGCCGUGAGGGAGGAGCUUCUUUGUCUCGUGGAUGGUAAGUAGUAUAGUAACAUAUAGAUGUUAGUCUACCGCGCAUUCUACCCGUGGUAAAGGAGACAACAGCGCCGUCUGGAUGUUCAAUGGUAAAGUAAUAUAUAGACAUUAGUGAGCCUCGAAUUAUAUUCGUGAGGGAGGGCUGUUGGCAAAGAUCAGAUCGCAAAAUGAAGUAGCCCUAGCAUUGGCUUCAUCUGGAAUAAAUGCAACAUUGUUAGAAGGUGGACGAACUGCACAUUCUGCCUUGAAAUUACCACUAAACAUGCAAAUCAACGAAGCAUCAACUUGCAACUUCGCCAAAAACAGCGUAAUGGCGAAGAUUUAACAGAUAUGCAAAUUAAUUGUUUGGGAUGAAUGUACAAUGGCCCAUAAGAAGUCACUGGAGGCACUGGAUAGAAUGUUAAAAGAUCUUCGUGACAACCAAAACAUUUUUGGUGGGUCCAUGAUUCUGUUGACAUGUGAUUUUCGUCACUCUUUCAAUUAUUCCCCGUUCAACUGUUGCUGACGAACUAAACGCAUGCUUAAAAUGAUCUAAUUUGUGGCGGCAUGUAAAAAUACUCCAAUUAACAAUUAACAUGCAUAUGUUUUUGCAACAAAAUCAAACUGCGAUUAUGUUUUCGAAGGAGUUAUUAGAUAUUGGAAAUACUAAGGUCGCAGUUGACACCUCGACCGGAUUAAUUACACUACCCACUAAUUUUUAUCAUUUCGUCGACUCAAAAGAGGAGCUUAUUUUGCGUGUUUUUACGGACAGAACCACAGUUCAAAAGCCAUAAUUGGCCGAGUGAACGACCAAUAUUGCCGGCCAAAACAAAGAUGUCGAUGAUAUCAAUGCGACCAUUCAGAAUUCUCUUCCAGUAAAGUUGUUUUCUUACAAAUCAGUUGACACAGUUACAAAUCAGAAUGACGUAGUCAACUAUCCCACAGAGUUUUUAAAUUUCCUGGAUCCCUCACAAUUGACAAUUAAAAGUAGGAUCAGUUGUGAUUAUGCUGCGUAACAUUAAUCAACCUCUACUGUGCAAUGGAACGAGACUGGCUGUGAAAAAGCUAAUGAAUAACGUCAUCGAGGCCAAGAUCAUCAAGGGAAAAUACAAAGGAGAGGAUGUCUUGAUCCCGCGUAUACCGAUGUUUCCAACGGAUUUGCCAUUCGAUUUUAGGCGUCUACAAUUUCCCGUGCGUCUCGCCUUUGUGAUAACCAUAAAUAAAUCGCAAGGCCAGUCGUUGAAAAUUUGCGGAAUCAACUUGGAGUUUCCCUGCUUCGCGCAUGGGCGCAUUCGCAAUUAUACUUCGCGUGUUCGCGAGUGGGAAAACCAUCAUAUUUACACACUGCAAAAAAAAAGACAAAAAAUAUAGUACAUCAGAAAGCUUUAAAUUGAUUAAGAGUAUAACUGUAUUGCAUUUAAUGUAAAUAAAAAAGUUGUAUUCAGUUUUGACCAUACUUUUAGCAAAUAUAUGUGUAGGUGAUACUAAGUUCACCGGAUCGUCUAGUAUUAUUAUAAUAUUUGAACUUAAAUAUAAAAUUUGGAUACUCUUUGAAAAAUAACCCUGCAUAUUAUCUAUCUAUUUAUUUAUUGGAAUAUUAUCAUUCACUAAUUGGCGGUAACACAUGUUUUUAGUUUUUAUUCAAACUGUAUAUUAAACAGUACAAUUUUCUCCCUACAGCUAAAGAAUCACAUUGAACGGGACCACGAGAGACUGAUGCCAUACGUGUGCGAUGAGAAACAAUGCGGUAAAAAGUUUUACAAGAAGUCUGAUCUCGUUGUGCACAAAAGAUAUCACACGGGCGAGCGUCCGUACGUGUGCGACAUUUGCAAGAGCUCUUUCCCGCAUGUGUCCCAUCUUAAGAGGCAUGUACGGAGCGUGGACUGUACUAAAAGAGUGAAUAAGCAAUGAAAAUAAUAUAAUCAAAUUCUUACUGGAUACCUUGGAUAUGCGGGAAAUAUAAUACUGUGAUAUUAGUUUCAUUAAGCUACUUACUGUCUAGUUACUAAUAGAAGGUAUAGGUAAGUAGGACCAUUCUAAUAUAUAAAAGUGGAUCCCUGGACUUGCAAUAAAUUAAUCUGGUGCUACUAUGCCAAUAACAUAGAAUUAAAAGUAAAAUUCGGAUAGGACAAACAAUUUAUAUCCACUUUCAGCAAUAAUAAACAAUAUAGGUAUUAUAACAGUACGUCACUAGUAAAUAGAUUUAAAUAUAAUUAGGUUUUAGGGAUUUUCUAAUUUAUAAUAUUCCCAACGUCAUGCCCCCCCCCCCCCCCCCCUGGCUGAGGUGUUUGAUGUCUUAAUGCCGUAGUUAACCACGGGUGCCUCCAGAUAAUAAAAUUAUUUAUUUUUGUUACGAUUUAUACAGUAUGAACUUAUGGUAUCUUCAAGUCUUGCAGUUGUCAACCAAGCCAAGAAAUACCAAAUGCAAGCCAACCUAAGCAUACCAUGGGUGUUGUAGUGUUCGCGUAAAUAUAAGAAAUAAUUAGUAAUUAUAUAUUCAAAUUUAAACCUUUUCCUACAUUUGUUAAAAUAAGUCUUAAAAGACAAUACUUUUAUGUAAUCUUCUAGUUACUAUAGAUUACUUUUUUUUUUAAAUAAAAGCUAAUUCCAUUACAUACUUCCCUUAGUAUGUAACCGUUAAGAUUAGAUCAAACUACUAACGCCACUCUGGUCAUAUAUAUUAUCGUAGGUAUUUGGAAAUGGUCCUCCUAACUUUUACCUUCCUGAUUACUGUUUUGACAAUAUCAUGUGUUAUUAAAUCUGUUUUUGUUUUAUAAUUGCAUAAUUUUAUUGUACUGUAUUUAUAUUCUAUAAUUAAGUUCUAGUAAUAAAUCUAAAGC